UAAGAAGAAGACUACUACAUAUAUAAAAUUGUAUUUAUAUUAUAUGCAUCGCCCUAAACGUCUCGAUAUGCAAUCCAAAAUACGAGGAUUUUUAUCACACAACAACAGUUCUGUUAUCAACUAAUUAUUUAUCACUCGAUAGAUUUUAUAACUUCGUAAUAUCUGCAUUCUGAAGUCCUGCAAUAAAAUUAAUUUUGAAUUUUAAGUACAGUCGUUAAUUCGUUGUGUCGGUUGUCGGUAAUUUAUUAUUGCUUAUUUAAUAAUUAUAAUAAGUCGUUGGUCAAUCGCCUGCUCGUUGCGGUUGUAGACUAGAGAUCCGUCCGCAUUCGACAAUGGGCUCAGAACAGAGUUCGCAAUCUAAUGCUACUGAUUCGGGUGCGAAAAAUACAAAACUUAAGAGGGGCAAAUCGGUGCCCGAGAGUUCUUGGCCAAGGAAUUCGCAAGAUGGUCAACAGAGCAAGGCAGCUAGCGCAAACACAUCACCUGGCCACAGUGUGUGCAGUGAUGUUGACUUACCAUACAUAUCAUACACGGUCAACCGACCAAUUGGAGAUUCUCCAAAGAAACCCAGCAUCAUGAGCCGAGGUCGAUCAAUGCAGGUGGAACCCCAACGAUCGGUGAAGAAAACCCCAAAGUCCACACCUAAACACAACAUCGUGGUGGUCAGAGCAGCUGUUCAAGAAAACCAAGACAUGGAUGAAGAUUUAUAUCGAAUGAAGCUAGUACCAUCGUUUUUGCCAAUAAUACGAGGCACUGUAUCUUUGCCAGCAGCCAGAGAUCGUGAAGCAUUAGAGAGAAUUGAUGCUAAUGCAUUUUAUAGACUAUGUCUACUUUAUCAGGCCUACAUGAGCCGUUGUGCCAAAGCAGUGACUGCAGAUCAAAGUUUGAUCAAUAAACAAAUUUUGGAGCUUGACAAUGAAACCACACAAGUGUUAAAUUUAUAUGUAGCGUCAUAUAAACAAUAUGCUAAAAUCAACGAACAAUUCAAAUGUAUCGACGACAUGAAUAAACAACUGAACUCUUGUCAUCUGUUAUUAAACAAGACACUAGACUCUGUACAACUGUUAAAUAAUAAAUUACCUCCAGACGAACGGUUAGAACCGUUUGUGUGGACGACAGGUUAAACUAUGACUGAUCACAUAAUUUAUUUUCACUUUUAACUAUUCUCUAACAUUUUUUAUGUACAUUUAAAUUUUUAUUUUAUUGUUA